GUAUGGCCAAGUGUCAGGGGUAUUGUCACAUGUCACAUGACCGUAUGUUCAGAGUCAUCUGUGUGCAUCAGAGCUUGUGAGGGUUAAAAAAAGACCAGUUAUCAGGCGAUCGGUUUAGUCAUUUAUUAAUACAUUAGGGUUAAUAGAUCCCGCGUUUUUAUUUUAGGAACACUAAACCGAACCGUCUGUUUCAAACUAGAAAAACAUUUGAAGUUGUAGAUGUCCAUUGUAAAAUAAUAUCACUUGUUACGUUCUAAAGAUUUUUACUGGUACUCGCAGAACAAAAGCUGAUGUUGUUUUACUAAAACUUUUUGAUUGCUUCUUGUGUCAAACCUUGACUUAACAAAAGCGCGCCUAGCAAAGCUCAAGCAACCACCUAAUGGCCUAAUAGUCAGGGUUGACGCUGGUGGCUUUUCCUUUCCUCUUUUAAAAGAGGGCAUGUGCUGUAUAUUAAAAUCAUGCCAUAGUAACAUCCCCUUUCCCUGGACAGCGUGGGUGUGAGAUGGAGAAUUAAAACCGAAAACGGGCACUGCUGGAUGCAAACAAUCAGUGACAGCAGCCAUUUCACUUUUACUUCAGUCCUAAAGCAUCAUCCUGAUCCUUUUCAAUGGGAUUCAGGGUUCAGUUCUGUUCAUUUUGUCUCAUUGGUAGCUGCGUUUAAGAGAGUCGCUCUUUCUUUACCGUUUCCUUCAUUCACGAUGUCCGAUCAGCCGGUAACUUUACCCGUGUGCAGGCGCCUGACGUACGCCGUUGGACAUUUCUUCAACGACCUCUGCGCGUCGAUGUGGUUCACGUAUUUACUGGUGUAUUAUCACUCGGUUCUCGGCUUCAGGGACACGAGCGCAGGUGCGCUGCUGCUGGUCGGUCAGAUCGCGGACGGGAUCUGCACUCCGCUCGUCGGUUACGAAUCCGAUCGGACGUCAGGAUGUGGGAAGUAUGGGAAAAGAAAGACCUGGCAUUUAGUGGGAACAAUAAGCGUGUUUGCCUCCUUUCCCUUCAUAUUCAAUCCCUGCAUUGGAUGUGGUGAGAAAACCCCACAGACUGCAGGAUUGAUCUAUGCCAUCCCAUUCAUCAUUAUCUUCCAAUUCGGCUGGGCUGCUACCCAGAUAUCCCACCUGUCGCUCAUUCCUGAACUGGUCACAUGUGAGCACGCCAAAGUGGAACUAACAUCAUACAGGUAUGCUUUUACAGUGGUGGCAAACAUUGCAGUGUAUGCUGUGGCAUGGCUCUUGUUCCACUUCCAAUCCCAACAUACAGAAGAUCCAUCGAUUUCCCAGAGUCUGGGCUGGGUUGAUGUUCUCACCUUCAGAUAUCUGGCACUCAUAAUAUGGGCCAUCGGUACUGUUACCGCUGUCAUCUUUCACCUGGGCACUAAGGAAGGAGGAGUCCAGUCUCAGGAGAGUGAAGAGACGGAGGAAUCUCAGCCUUCAAUCCCCGGCUAUUCCCAGAUCUCUGGACGCCUGCUACUGUGGAAACACUGGCUCACUGAGCCUGCCUUUUAUCAGGUAGCAGUACAAUAUAUGUGCACAAGACUGAUUGUAAAUUUGUCCCAAACAUACAUCCCAAUGUAUCUGACAAACUCCUUAUCACUUCCAAAGAACUACAUUGCAACUGUUCCCCUGGUCAUGUACGUCAGUGGGUUUGUGUCUUCUCUAGUUAUGAAGCCUGUUAACAAAUGGAUCGGCUCCUCUAUGGCCUAUUUUGUAGGUCUUGUGCCCAUAAUGGUGUUUUCCUUUUGGGUUUUGGUGGACAUAAACAUGGGUACACGGGUUUAUGGAGCUGCUGUGCUGCUGGGAGCUGGAUCUGCUGUCAUUCUGGUCAUGUCACUGUCCAUGACUGCCAAACUCAUCGACGAUCAAAGACAAAGUGGUGCUUUUGUGUACGGUGCAAUGAGCUUCACUGAUAAGGUGGCAAAUGGAGUUGGAGUGAUGAUAAUACAGGCUUUACAUCCCUGUCAAACACUGGACUCCGACUGCAAAUGGUUUUACCGCACUGUCAUGGUGAUUGUCACCGGCGGUGUGGCUGGCGUUGCUGCACUCUGUCUCUCUUCCCUUCUCAUCUGGCCCAUCGCAAUUCGCCGACGUCUCGCGGUCAUCAGAGGGCUGAUGGGUACAUAUGACGAUGAGACAAACAGCCGUGAGAUCAAUGGUAUACUGAACUGACAGGUGAAAACA